UUGGCUGCCUCUUCUUCGUCCUCCGCCAUUAAGUCCGCUCGCGUUACGGUGGCUCGCCGACGAUGACGGCGCUCGUCGUGGCCCCACCGAGGAUCUUCGGCGACGCCGUAGCCGACUCCCAGCGACAGUGAACCGUUAUGUCGACGGGUCUGCUCGGCGCGUCGCCCAUAGGUCGCCGCCGCGGCGAUCCGGUCGAUACGACGACACCCGACGACGCUCGUCCCGUCCGUGGCGCUGACUUCCAAGCAACGGGGCUGUCGACAAGCCUCGAGGCGACGGAGCGCUCGUCCGAGCUCAGUCGAGCCCCGAGGAAGCGCAGCAGCCGAUGAACUUCGGUGACGAGUGGGACGAGGCUGACUGGCUGCGCGACCGUCUCCCCUUUUUUUUCUCUCUCUCUCUCUCUCUCUCUCUCCUCACAAGGACGAUCCUUGCGAGGGGGUCUCAUCGUCGACGAGCGGCUCGCCUCGUCCGUUGGUGUCGUAUCCGGCUGUUCGCCGCGUCGGGGGACGCAGUGUACGGAACGAUAAACGUUCGAGUGGGAAUGUGAACACGGCCCCGGAGAGGGAGGAGGAGUGUGGACGAGCUGGGGCUCUCGCGAGGGGAUGACACGUGUGUGCACGGAACUUGCUCCGCGAGAGCUCCCCCAGGGAAAGCAGACUCGCCUCGGUGCUUGACGUUUCGACGAACAGCUGAGAGUUACAUCGGGUGCUGCGACCGUGGACCGAUGUUGUAGAUAUAAAGGUCGCGAUGCGCGAUACUGGCAGCGGUAUCUCGUCGGGAAAACGUCGUCGCCGUGCUCUUUCCGCUGGACAGGCUUGUCCAUUGAGAAUCGGACAGUGCUUCGCGGCCGUGCUAUGUGGCGGCUCUAGCGUUGCAUGAGACAAGGGUCUCUCUCUGAUGGGCUUGCUCCAGUGAAAGUCAGCGUCGCAGAAUGGUGGUGGAUUGCUAUUCGAUUCAGGCCUCAGCAACCAUAGGAAGAAAGCAGGAGCGAAGGUUAGGUUGCACAGUGGGUGCAAAGAUGCAAACGAAUACCGGCGGUGGGGGAGGUGGAAUGACACCUAAAGAGCUUUGCGAUAACGACGACCUGGCCACAUCUCUCGUGUUAGAUCCCUACUUAGGAUUCGUUACACAUAAAAUGAACAUCAGAUACAGACCGUUGAAGGCGAACAAGGAGGAGCUCCGGAAAAUCAUCUGUGAAUUCAUUCAGAGUCAAAAUUACGAGAAGGCUUACAAGAAAUUGAUGGGUGGAGAUUGGGGUGCGCGACUCCCCCAUACGAAAUCUAAGCAGCAGCAAAUCAAUCUGGAAAAUCACGUUAAGAGAUACCUGCGAGUUUUCGACAAGGAAUCUGGAUUCGCAAUAGAGCCGUGCUACAGAUACAGUUUGGAGGGUCAAAAGGGCGCUAAGAUAUGCGCUACUCGAAAGUGGCUGAAGAACGAGAAGAUUUCUUGCCUCGUCGGCUGCAUAGCGGAGCUAAGCGAGAAGGAGGAAGCUGCAUUGCUGCAUCCCGGGAAGAACGACUUCUCCGUGAUGUUCAGCUGCCGGAAGAAUUGCGCCCAGUUGUGGCUGGGACCUGCCGCCUACAUCAAUCACGAUUGCAGAGCGAACUGCAAGUUCGUGCCGACAGGAAGGGACACCGCCUGCGUCAAGGUGCUGCGCGACAUCGAGGUGGGCGAGGAGAUCACGUGUUUCUACGGGGAGGAUUUCUUCGGCGAUAACAACUGUUAUUGCGAAUGCGAGACGUGCGAGAGGCGGGGAACCGGCGCGUUCGCGAGUCAAAAACCGGGCGAGGAACUGUCGUCAGGUUACCGCUUGAGGGAAACGGACAACAGAAUCAACCGGACGAAGCACCGACAGCAACCGUUGAACAGGAACAAGCAGCAGGCCGAUACCGCACUCACCGAGCGAAACGCGGUCUUGGUCGGUAACGUGGCUGUCGCACCGCAGUCCCUCAGUAUGAAGGAACUGCGACGUAAAGGACUCACCAAGUACGACGCCGAGCUGCUGAUCGCGCAGGGCUGCCGCUUCUCGGACAUCAAUCAGCAGCAGCCGGCGAUCAACAACGGCGAGAACGUGCUGCAGAGUCGACCUCAUCCCUCCGCAUUGACCACCACCUCCGUCACGAGGAGCCUCCGGAACAAACAGAUGGGCAAGUUCGACGGCAACACCGGUGACGGAGGCGUCAUGAAAAAUACUCAGCCGCUCAGAGCGCCUAGACUGCACAAGCGGACGGAAUCGAAGAAAGGCAAGCUCGCCGUGAAAUCCCGGUCUCCGUGUCUCAGCAGCUCGGCGAUCAAGGACACCGAAGUGGCGGACAUCGGCCACCGCAAGGAGGACUCGGACAGAGUGCCGGUGCACGAAGAGAGUCUGUAUUCGCGGCUGCAGAAGCAGAUGCACUCGAGCGCGGAGAUGGAGCGUGGUUUCUGCGCGGAAGAAACGAGCGCGGAAUCCUCGCACGAGGGUCCCGCCUUCCCACGGGAGUCUCCGUUGCGACUGACGGAGAUGGUGACGGGCAACGAGUCGAGCGGCGACUCGCCGGCGGCGGCGGAGGAGGAAGAGGAGGAGGAGGAGGAGCGGGGAAUACCGGACCUCACCGCGGAAGUCGACACUCCUAAGACAGUAGAUAACGUUAAUUCUUCCACUUACAAAAAGGGACAUUAUAGUACAAACGCCUGUGAUUCAAUCCGACUUAGUUCCACGUCUCAAGUCGACGUAACGCGCUUACCGGAGCCGGCGGCGGAGGGCACCUGCCGCGCCUCGUCGCCCAACGCGCGUCUCAACGGCAGCGAGAACGGCUCGGCGGAACCUGCGAGCAAACGCUCCAAGUCCCAGAGCAGGCAAUUCGCGGAGAGCCGCAAGGCGUCGGAGGAAUCGUCUCGCGAGUUCGAGCGUGACGCUUCGUCGCCGUCGGCCGCCGGCGAGAAGGCUUCGCGGCCGGUUGACCUUCGCGAGAGCGACGCGCAGGUCGUGGUCGCUCCGCGCGGCGCGGAGGAUUGCGACGCGAUCGCGUCGCAGAAGCGCCCGAGUGUGGAUCGAAAGGCGGCGAGUGAGAGCUGCGAGAGCGCGGUCAUCGCGGUGAGCGACGCGGUGACUCGCUCGGACAGUGUCGGGUUCAGUGGACUGCACCCGGAGGGAGCGGAGGACGCGGCGGCUGCGAGUACCGGGGACGUUUUCAAGUGCCGCGGUAGUUCGACGCUGCCGAGCCAAGAGGACUGCCCGGCUGCGAGAAGCGACGGCGCGUACGUCGCCGGCGCGGAGCGGAGCGACGUCAAGACCGACCUGACGAUGGCGUUGUGCGCGGCCGACGGCAGGGUGACCUUCGAGGGGAGCGGCGCGGACUUCGGCGGCGUGCAGACCGCGAGCUACGGCGACCUGACGGGCCUGGACGCGUUCACCAGCUCGUCGAAGCGAUCCUCGUCCAAACGGAAAGACCCCUCGGACGGCUCCUCGAGGUCCCGCAAGGCGCAGAAGAGGCUCUCGAGCGGCAAGUCCAAGUCCAAACACGGCGCGCCGCUGGAGGACCGACACUCGCCGGCGGCCGACGGCGGCAGCCUGGCGAAGAGCAAGUCGAGCAAGAGCAAGAACCGGUCGACCAGGAGCCAGAGGAGGGACCGGCAGAGGUCGGCGACCGCAGAGAUCGGCGAGGCCGACGAUGACUCGGGCAUCCAGGGCGACAUCUACGAGUUCAGCGAGAAGGAGAGCAACCUGGAGGACAUCGGCAUACUGUCCAUCAUAAGACGCAGCGGCAAGCACGAGUCCCGCCACCACCACCACCACCACCACGCCUCCUCGAUCUCGUCGCAUCUGCAGGAGAUGCAGUGCAACGAGGACUACAGCAAGACCGAGCCGCCGGUGCUCGUGGCGGAGGAGCCCUGGCCGCCGGCUCCCAGCCGAAGCGAGCACCACGCCGCCGAGCCCAGCAACGGUGUUCAGUCGACAGCGAACUGCGACGUCGACGCGAGCUUGGAGAGAUUGGCAGCCUACGACGACAACAGCAGCAGCGCGCCCAAAUCCUCGACCCCGUCCGAGUGCCAAUGGAGAACCAGCAGCUCCGAUUGCCGGGUUUGUCCGGUCACGCCGGAGAGAACCGGCGGUCGGUUGAAGCUGACGUUGCGUAUGAAGCGGUCGCCGGUGCUGGACGACAUCGCCGAGUCCGGCACCAGCCUGAGCGAGGACAGCUACGAGCCGGAGUACGAGGUGUUGCGCGUCGAGGGCGUCGAAAGGAGUAAGCGCCGGAAAAAGCACAAGAGCAGAAGCCACGAGAGGGGCCACAAGAAGCGGGACUACCAGCCGCCCAUGAAGAGGCUACGGCUGAUCCUGGGCAACGAGACACACACCAUCGACUUGCCGCACUCUUAACAGCUAUAAUUCCUCUCCCCCUCUCCUCCCUCCCCGCACCGCGUAUCUCCCUAUCCCCUCUCGCCUGACCGUCACGGCGCGCAUGUAAUAUUAAUUGAUUCAAAAGCUACUUUUCUGAGUAUAAUUCAAGGAAGAUCACACACAGGCAUUAGCACGCGCGCGCGCGCACACACACACACGCACGCGGAAAAAACAAUUUUGUUAGUAUAAUUGAUUUCCCUGCCUGGAGGCAAUUUCCGUUGUCAGUGGAUCAGACGAAAGUUCAGUUGUAGGGAAGAUUUUCGUAGAAGAAUUGAUUGUUCAAACAAAUGUUCUCAGUUGCGGAGAUAUUCUUGUCGUCGAGUUUUCAUUUCUUGUCAUCGAAUUUUCAUCUAGUUCCCAUGAUGUUGCGAGAACCGAGUUCAUAUUUUCCGUGUACACGCGCGCGCGCGCGCGCACGCACACACACACACACACACACACACACACACACACACACACACACACACACACACACACACAAAUACACGCGCGCGUGGAAAAUUAGGCCUCCUCGUCUUGUUAUGCGCGACAGCAAGUUCUCAUAUCGAAAUACCUUUCGCGAUCAUUUCGGUUUAGGGAUAGAACCAGCCGUGUUUCUCUUCUCUCUUCCUCUUUAUAUCUUCUCUUUUCAAUUUUCUCUCUCUUUUUUCCUCUCUCUCU